AUGGCCAACCAUACAGCUCACUACGAACUUUCUCAUAGCCUUCUCGCUCGUUCCGAUGUUAUAGAUGUCGAUCCGAGCUUGGCGCCACUUUUCUUCUCAGAAAACGUUGUCUCAACAUACUUCGGCGUGGCAUUUUUGACUGUCAUACUCUACAACGCUAGCAAGAUGACUAUAUGGGCCAAUGCUUUAUGCAGUGAGUGGCUUAACGUCGUACAACAUAAUAGCUGGUUUAUUCUAUCGUCAGAUUUCAUGAUAGUCGUGCUAAUCGAUUAUAUUCUACUACUUCGUGUAUUGCCGUUAUACGACCAGAGCAAGAGGCUUUCGAUUUGCCUCAAAUUACUUCUUACGGCAGAAGUAUGCACUGGCCUUAGCAUACUUAUUUAUGGGACUUCAAAGCUAGGCAUUGUUGUUGGACGUCUUGCACCUGGUGUUCAAUUUUGCGCAUUUGAUAAUGACCCUGUGCAGAUCCUGGGAAUUAUCUCGUGGUAA